GCUCCUGAGCUGACGCCCGCGCCUAGCCUAGGAAGGAGAAACCGGGGGACAGGAAGGCUCCGAUCUGCCCAAGGGGAUCUGGGGUUUGACCCCAGCUGUGGUGGCCUUCGAGGAGAAAGGAAGGUCCCAGGGCUCCCAGGCUACAGCAUUUUGAAGGGGCAGCAGAAAUCAGGUUCUGAAGGCAGCUCCUGCUGGGAUGGCCAUACCAGCAUUUCUAAGGGUCUUGGGGGGUCCAGCCCCACCAGGGGCAUCCUAGCCUCCCACGUCCAGCCAUCUGUGUGCCCGCCUCCUGCCCAGCUGAGGCCACUCGCCAUGGGAGGCUGUUUCUCCAAGCCCAAGCCAGUGGAGCUCAAGAUCGAGGUGGUGCUGCCGGAGAAGGAGCGGGGCAAGGAGGAGCUGUCGGCCAGCGGGAAGAGCAGCCCCCGAGCCUACCAGGGCAAUGGCACUGCCCGCCACUUCCACUCGGAGGAGCGCCUGCCCGCCCCUCACCCCUACUCUGGCCCUCAGGACUGUGUGGAGGCUGCCGUCUGUCAUGUCAAGGACCUCGAGAAUGGCCAGAUGCGGGAAGUGGAGCUGGGCUGGGGCAAAGUGUUGCUGGUGAAGGACAAUGGGGAGUUCCAUGCCCUGGGCCACAAGUGUCCACACUAUGGCGCACCCCUGGUGAAAGGUGUACUGUCCCGUGGCCGGGUGCGCUGUCCUUGGCAUGGUGCCUGCUUCAACAUCAGCACCGGGGACCUGGAAGACUUCCCCGGUCUGGACAGUCUACACAAGUUCCAGGUGAAGAUUGAGAAGGAGAAGGUGUAUGUCCGGGCCAGCAAGCAGGCCUUGCAGCUGCAGCGAAGGACCAAGGUGAUGGCCAAGUGCAUCUCUCCAAGUGCUGGUCACAGCGGCAGCACCAACGUGCUCAUUGUGGGCGCAGGUGCAGCUGGCUUGGUGUGUGCAGAGACUCUGCGUCAAGAGGGCUUCUCAGAUAGGAUCGUCCUGUGCACACUGGACCGGCACCUCCCCUACGACCGGCCCAAGCUCAGCAAGUCCCUGGACGCCCAGCCCGAGCAGCUGGCCCUGAGGCCCAAGGAGUUCUUCCGAGCCUAUGGCAUCGAGGUGCUCACCGAGGCCCAGGUGGUCACAGUGGAUGUGAGAAACAAGAAGGUCGUGUUCAAGGAUGGCUUCAAGCUGGAGUACAGCAAGCUUCUGCUGGCACCAGGGAGCAGCCCUAAGACCCUGAGCUGCAAAGGCAAAGAGGUGGAGAACGUGUUCACCAUCCGGACGCCUGAGGAUGCCAACCGCGUGGUGAGGCUGGCUCGGGGCCGCAACACAGUGGUUGUGGGAGCCGGCUUCCUGGGGAUGGAGGUGGCUGCCUACCUGACUGAGAAGGCCCACUCGGUGUCCGUGGUGGAACUGGAGGAGACGCCCUUCAGGAGGUUCCUGGGGGAGCGUGUGGGUCGUGCCCUCAUGAAGAUGUUUGAGAACAACCGAGUCAAGUUCUACAUGCAGACAGAGGUGUCAGAGCUGCGGGCACAGGAUGGAAAGCUGAAGGAGGUCGUGCUGAAGAGCAGCAAGGUGGUGCGGGCCGACGUCUGUGUGGUGGGCAUUGGUGCGGUGCCCUCCACGGGCUUCCUGAGGCAGAGUGGCAUCAGCCUGGAUUCCCGAGGCUUCAUCCCUGUCAACAAGAUGAUGCAGACCAACGUCCCAGGUGUGUUUGCGGCUGGCGGCGCAGUCACCUUCCCCUUGGCCUGGAGGAACAAUCGGAAAGUGAACAUCCCGCACUGGCAGAUGGCUCAUGCCCAGGGGCGUGUGGCGGCCCAGAACAUGCUGGCGCAGGAGGCAGAGAUCAGCACCGUGCCCUACCUAUGGACAGCCAUGUUCGGCAAAAGCCUGCGCUAUGCGGGACUGGCGACAUGUCCUGGCUCACAGGGAAAGGAUCCUGAGCUUGCAUGCAGCAGACUUGGGCAGGCAUGCUGGGGCACCAGGGACAAAGACCAAGCCCUGGGGGCAGGUGCCAACCUCCAAUUUCCCAGGAUCCCCCAGGGCAGAACCUGAGCCCUCCCAGUGCUUGCCAUCAGCUGCCUGUCUCACCUCCAGAGACACCUCCACUGCUUCCAAGUGAUGCUUGCCACCCAAGGCCUGGACUGCUGUCGACGGCUGGCAGUAGAGGCAGGACAGGCCCAGCCUCUUCUCCCUCUAUUGGGACUGGUCCCCUGUAGGACCUUGCAACAUACUAGAUAUUAUCUCAAAAUUAAAACAUGCACAUUUGCAGAUCUGUGUGACUUCCAUUAUAACUGGGCACUCAUGAGGGCGACUGUAGGUGACAGGGAGACAGGCACAGCCACAGACUGCUCAGUGCUACACCGAGUGCCCA